AAAAAAUAACCUUGAUUGUCGUUUCCGAGGCUGCACAUCGUGACUGAUAAGUCCGAGCCUGAAAGAGCACCUGAAGGCAGCACCGUCGAACGCUGCCGAACUAGAGCACGCGAGCGAGUCGACAACGACCUUUCGUCAGGUUCGUUAUAAACACUCACAAGCACAGGCGCUUACAAACGGCCCGAGUCCAUAGGGACGUCUCGGAUCGGUUGGUAGGGACAACCGGGAACCGGCAGGGAGGCGGAAGGUGCGACGGAGCGGACAAAGUUUGGGGUGGCUUUCGUGGCUACUUGUUGAACGGGCUGCGUGCGCACACCGCACACUGUUGGAGACAACAGGUUCCUAUUCACCAGACGAUAAAAAACGUAGAUUCUCUUCCUGGUGUCUGGGUCUUCUGUGUCAGCAUGAGACUGUGACCAGACGGUGGACAACGAUGGCCGAGGUGGAAAUUGACCAGUCCAACCUUCCACGUGUCCAAGAAGUGCGCCAGUGUUUCGCUGUGCUGGAGGAUGGAGCGCUGGCACACAACCUGCAGGAACAGGAGAUUGAGCAGUACUACACGACCAACAUCCAGAAGAACCAGCUGGUGCAGAACGACAUCCGCAUAGCCAAAAGGCUGCAGGACGAGGAGGAAGAGGAGCAGGCCCAGCAGAGCACCCUGCACAGACAGUCCUCCAGACGGCUAGAGAUGGAAGACUUUGAAUAUGCGCGUCUAAUUCAGGAGGAGAUCCAGCGCUGUGCUGAAGAGGCCCGAAGGAGGGAGCAGGACGACAAGGAAAUAGCUAAACAAAUGCAAGAAGAGGAGAAGAAGAGAAUCGCAAGGAUAAGCAGAGGGCGAGAUGGCUACGAUGAAGGCCGCACUGUCGACCCUGCACUACCGUCCCCACGCCAGCACACACUCACUAGCCUUCACCAAGGGGAGGUGCAGUACUCUCCUACCACCACCAGGUGGCAUUACUCCACCUCUCACAACCAUUCAGACUUAACUAGGCCUCCGGCUUACUCCCCCAGAGGGGAAGCAGCUCAGAAAAACACAACUUCAUGGUCAAAUCAAGGACACCCCGACUCCAUCAGGGGAAACGCGAGGGAGCGUUUGAGUGAGGAUUCAGAGCACUCGGACACCGCCUUCUCUGAACAGCACUCCACCUGUUCCCAGAGACUGAUUGAGAGACUCGACACGGCACCUCCUCGACGGCGGGCAUCUUUAUAUCAGCCGCCAGGGAGGAACUACCGAAGUCUUUACUCUCGCUGCAGCUACACAGAGGAGGAUAGAGGAGAGAGGACUGAAAACCACAAUGAAAGUGGGGACCUAGAGAGGAGGAACCCUAGGACUUUGGACGAAGAAGGGGACCGCGGCGAGGCUGAUGUCAGAGAGAGGCGAUCCAGUCGCAGUAAAUCUGUCCGGCUACACGACCGGAGGAAACCCGGCAACGGAGACUUGGCGAGGACCUGGAGCUGUUCGGAAAACCCAGACAAACAUGUGCGAUUUCAGGACAACGCCAGGAGCUCUCACAGGCCGCAUGGGGAACCGCUGCACGUCUGGGAGAUGCUGGGCCAGGUCCUCAGAGAGAGGGGCGUGCCCGUGAGGUUUGGCAGCCAGGGGGCGCCGCUUCAAAUAAGGCCUCCGAGCAAAGACAGCCAGGUGCUCCGCGGGGGCGAGGCCUCCUGCGGUGACUCCCGACCACAUCAGGGAGCCUUCCGGAGAGCUGCCGCCACCAGGCACAGUUUCCAUGGAGAUAUCAGGGAGGGGAAGCGAUACCCAGAGAACAGUGGGAGAGAUCACAGGGACUGGCAGAGCAAAGACAGAAGUCUUAAUGAGAUUAGUAGCAGAGGCUCCCAUCAUGCACAGGGAGAAAGGGGGGGCAGCGGACGGUGGAACGACGGCAGCAGCGAGAGGAAUGCAAACAAUUACAGGGUCGAGAGGACAUCGAGCCAACGGCGUCUGUUUCGCCACGAGACCAUAGAAGAAGGGUUAAGCCCGCAGGAGGAAGGGCGGGAGGCGGGGGUGAGGGUAGAGCGCCCCCCCGGAAGAGCCUCACAGCGCACCCGCAGCCUCAGCAGCAGCCGGGCUUCACACGGGGACAGGUGGAGGCGCGCGGCAGCAGGAGCGCCGCAGCGGCCGGAGCCGGGCGGGGCCAGUCUGGACCUGCGGCAGCUGCGCCAGGUGCUACAGGAUGAAGAACUGGCUCACAAGCUGCAGGAGGAGGAGAAAAGGCUGCUGAGAAGGAACUCCCAGAGCUCUCCAUGCGUUUCCUACCCAGAGGGAGACUUCCGAGUAGCACAAGUGGCCCAGGAUGAGGAAAUUGCACACUUUAUGCAGAAGCAGGAAAUAAAGUCAGAGCGAAGAUCUCGAGAGCUCGAAGGUCCGGCGUCGUGGCGCGAGCACACGGCGAUGAUUAGCGGUCGGGCUGCAAGGGACAGACCGGUGCAUCGAGAGCGACUCGACUCAGAAGGCCUUCCUUCCCCCACUGAGGACAGCUCCCCAGAGAACCAGCCACCCAGCCCCUUCUCCACGAUACCACAAGUCCAGCAGUUCCGAAACAUUGCGGAGGAGCUGGACCCGACCUUCCAGGUGGCGAGACCGAGCACAGAGGGCCUCGGGGGGGGGCCAGAGGGCACCGUAAACGGGACAGAUGGUCCGACCUGUCAGUCACUCACAUUGCCUCAAAGCGGCUUCAACGAGUCACUCAAGGAGGCGACUUUCAUCCCACCCACAAAACGCAAAACGGACAAAUCCGGACGAGCCAAAUCCAAAAUGAAGGAAAAUUGCAAGCAUCAAUAAUUUCACACAUGCUGUUAGAGUGCGCAUGUGUGUAUAUAUAUAUAUACAUAAGUUUGUUUCUUUUUUUUAAUUGUUUUACUUUAAGGUUGAACUAGAAGUACCAGCCACCGCUAUUAGCACUUUAGACCAGUGGAUCGGAGAGAUGAGAAGUGACAUUUUACAAAUAAUAAUGUCAUUUUGGAGUCGUGCUUUGCAUAGCUUUCAAAGGGAAAUUUAUCAAAGCAUUGUUAGCAAUAUUCAGUGUUAAUCAUAUACAUAUAAAAAAUAUAUUUUGUAUUUUUUCUCUUUUUGGAUGAGCUUAGUAGCGGUGUCGUCCUUCCUCAGAUAGUGACAGCCACCAAAAUAACAAAGAAACAAGUUGACCCUUGAACCGGCGCAACGUGCUUUCAAGGAAAAGUUACUUUAAGACGUCCGCUUUGUUGGUCUCUGCCAAAUCUGUGUCUGGGAAGUGUGCAACAGUACGACAAUCAAAUGAACUUAUUUAGAUUUUUGAAAAGCAUUUUGGAGCAAUAACCAACGCAUGUCAAGUUGUUUAGUGAUAUUCAGAUUCCAGAUGUCCCGUUAGACGUCUCAAACUCUAAAAGUGGACCUUUCACACUCCAACUACUCUGUGCAGAUCCGAUAAAUGUUUGUUUACUUUACGAGUUAUGUAAUUAUGCCUGUUAAUAUUAUACAUUGAAUAUGUAUUGUGUAUGUAACAAAAUAAUGAAUUAUUUGUUUAUUCAUAUUACUCUCAUGCGUACGUUUUUUUUUAAUUUUACAAAUGAAAUAUGCCACUGCUCACGUGGACCACUAUGAAUGCAAUUGUUCUGUAUGAAUGGGCAACAAACAAAAUUAAAAUUUUCAAUUUUAUUGGUGUUUUUUAAAAAGUACAAAAUAACUGACAAAAUAACAAGUGCUGUAACAUUUUUCUUAAGAACCAUCCAGAAGAAGUUAAUCCGAUAAGCUAUCAAAGUGCUACAGUGUAUAUCUAAAAUGUGACAGACGUAGGCUGUGCUAGGUGAACUUUGUGGUCUCACUAUGACUCAUUGAUACGUUACUACAGGUUUGGACCAACAUUUGCACCUCA